ACGACUAAAGAAAAAACACAUCCACAAACUAGAAGUCAAUAUUUUCUUGCACGAACUGUCUUCAGUGCCGCUAGCUUUCGAAACUUUGUAAGGUAAGUGCAAAACAUGUAUGGUAGCGCACGCUAAGCAUUCCUUUCACAAUGACUGAAGGCUUCAUCUCGCUUCUAAGAGAAAAAGCGACCGUCUGGAAAAACGUGCUAUGUGUUGUUGGAGCUGCUUAUGCGACUAAAGUGGUCAUCAGUUGGUCGUGGAAGACGCUGCGUUUUGUACGAGAAUAUUUUCUUUGUCGCUUGUAUUCUCAUGAUAUCAAACGUUUCGGAGGAUGGGCAGUUGUAACGGGAGCUGCUGAUGGGAUUGGAAAAGCAUAUUCACAAAAACUUGCAGCUUGUGGAUACAAUAUUGUGCUUAUCGAUCGUUCCCAUGGUAACCUGCAAGUAACGGCUGAUGCUCUUGCUUUAGAGCACGGAGUGGACGUGAGAAUGAUUGCUGUUGAAUUCGGUGCCGAUCAGAGUAUCUAUGGGAAGAUGGAGAGGCAACUAGGAGACAUCGAUGUUGGAAUUAUUGUGAACAACGUUGGUGUCAUGUAUGAUUAUCCAAACUUUUUUCUUGAGAUUUCACAUCAGACUCUGUGGAAUUUGAUCCAAGUUAAUAUUGCAGCAACAACAUUUAUGACUCAUAUUAUUCUGCCUAAAAUGUUGUCUCGAGGUUGUGGGGCUGUUAUUAAUAUUUCUACUGGAGCGGCUCAUCGGCCAUGCCCACAGCUAGCUGCAUACACAGCGUCGAAGAUUUAUGUUCAGUCUCUCUCCGAAGCACUUCACCAUGAAUACAGACACAAAGGAAUUGUUGUGCAGUGUGUUUCUCCACUUCUCGUCUACACGCAACGUAAUCGCGCACUGAACCCUGGUUUCUUCUUGCCUCAUGCAGAGACGUUUGUGGAUCAUGCUAUUUGUACAUUGGGACGACAAAUGCAUACAGCCGGUUACUGGCCUCAUGCACUGCAGGUUGGUGCACUGAAUCUUCUUCCAUCGUCUUUAUUCAACUACUUCGCUAACCAUGUCAACACGGCAAUGCGACGGAUAGCUGUACGAUCACUGAAGAAGAGACAGUCAGGCACCAACAUUACCGACUGCAACCCAACCAACAGUUCACAAACAUCACAACACACGUCAUCACUCACAAACGAAAGCACGAACAACACAUAGUGACAUGCAUAUGUAUCCAUGCCGUUUGUAUCAUUCAUUUCAAGGAAUUCGUUGAUAUUAAAUAGAAAAAAAAUAGAAAAAAU